AUGACUUAUACACUUCAUCCCGUCACAUCGGACGAUGCGUCAGACAUCGCGGCCAUCUUCCAAGCUGCUUUCGCCGAAGGUCACAUCAUGAGAUACUUCCACCCCAGGGUUCCCGCAUCCGUCAUAUGGGAGAACGACGUCAGAUUCAUCCGCGGCCUCAUCGCACAAGGUGAUAUCUACGGGGAGAGGGUGACCAAAGCUGUCGAUGAGGACACCGGGGAGACGGUGGCGUUCUCCGCAUGGCAGUAUCCGUAUACGCUCACGGAGGAACAGAGAAAGGAGAAAGAGGCACAGGAUCGUAGCGCGAUAGAUGAGCCGCCAGAGGGUUCGAACAAUCAGUUCAUCACCGAUUUCUGUACGCAGCUGUUUGAUGGGAGGAAGAAGUGGAUUGUACCCGAGAAGACAUUCUUCCUUCACCUCCUCGCCGUCCACCCCUCCCACCACCGCCGCGGUCUCGGCUCCAUGCUCAUCCGGCCCGGCCUCGAAGCCGCAGACGAAGCCGGAGCCCAAACAUACGUCGAAGCGUCGCCGGCUGGUCUGCCGUUGUACCUGAGACACGGAUGGGAGCAAGUGGACGGGAUGGCCGUUGACACGAGACCGUAUGGCGGACGUGGGAUUGAGCAUAAGCCUUUCCUGAUGAGGGAGCCGGGUGCUGGGUCGAAGCUUGGGAAGACGGAAGGAUGA